AUGCCAAAAAAUCAUUACACACAGGUUCUUCACUGUCAGCACGAGUGUGUCCGAGACUUGGCUACGCGCCCCGGUCGCCUGUCGCCUGUGGAAAACUACCUGCCACUUCAUUACGACUACCUGCAAUUUGCCUAUUUCCAAGCUGGGAGGAAUGAAGAGGCAUUGGAGUGCGCGUUGACCUACCUGUUGUUCCACGAAGGCGAAGAGUUCAUGACUGAGAAUAUGGAGUAUUACAGGGAGGUGCUGGGACAUGAUGGCCAGCCUCAUAAGGUGAGACAUGGCAGUGCAAGAUGA